AUGUUUGCUGAGAGGUCUACUAAGCCAGUGAAAUGGCUGCAGGCGGGAUGCGCAGGCGGUUGUAUGCAUGGACCAGGACUCGGAGGGAGCAGAGAGAGGCGUGGUGGCGAGGGUGGCGAGGGUGGCGAGGGUGGCGAAGUCUGGGAGAUCCUUAGCGUUCGAGCCCUGCACAAUAUGUCAGGAGAAAAGACAGGAUCAGAGACACCUCUUCGAGGACCUCAGUGGUCCUCGAUGGCCAGAGAUUGGAUUUCGAACGCAUCGUCGGGAUCCAGACCGGGCCUCCUCGAGCUCGUCGAUCUCGAGAUCAACGACCUAUACGUUGCAAUACAGCGCUUCAGAGAGUUUCAGAACAGCCUUCGACCCAUCUCACGCCUUCCCCCCGAGAUCCUCGUCGAUUCUAGUCUCUGGGCUACCUGCAUCAACAUUCGUACAUGCACUGCACUCGAGGCGCUGCUCGCCCGAUCCAAGCAGUCUCCUCUUCGCCUUGAACUACGGUUUGCUCCAAGUGAUCUUACACGUCAAACCGACUCGACGUACGUCGCUGCCAACCGGGACGCCAAUCGGAACAGCCAGAAGAAGACUGUCUUCUCCUUGUAUCGCGAGCUAUUUUCUCGUUACAACGUAUGGCCGCGUCUCGUACAUCUAGCGGUGGAAUUCUUUGAAGACUAUGAGCCCGAUGAUUCAAACACCCUCGCUCAAGUUAUGGAUGCGAUGGAUGAGCUUCUCGACAAGCCUGCCCCCGCGUUAGAGGUCUUCAGGCUGAUCGCGAAUGCUCCGGUCACACUUCCUCCGAUUCUAUUCUGCGGCUGUACGCCGCGCUUGAAGAAGCUCAGCCUGGAGGGCAACAUCAUAUUUUCCGUACAACCGAUCUCUCCUCUCUUUUGCGACCUGAGAGAGCUGUCCUUAUCCUCCCUCCCCCCUACGGUCUUCGAGUCACCGGGUCAGGUUCCCAGGGAUGUCCGGAGACUCCAGAAUCUGUGUCAUCUCCUCCGCGAGUCACCCAAUCUCCAACUUCUGCACAUACGCGGUGAUGAUCCCGCCACCUUCGACAUUUCUCCAUCCUCCAACUCUCUACCCUUGGCUCUUCCUGGUCUCACAGACAUCUCAUUACGAAACAUCGAUACAAAAUCUUGCCUAGCAUUCUUCCGCGCUCUAUCUGCUCCACUGUCUGUGUCUCAACUCGUCUUGAAUGAACCUGUCCGACAGGAUACAGAAGACGAUGUCCGGGAGUUGAUGCACUCUUUCGUGUCACGCGAAAAUCCUGAUCUCUUCCAUGUCCGCCCUGACCCAGUCUCAACGCUCAAGAUCGUCUUCUCUACAAGGAUCAUCGAGUGGCACUGUUUCUCGGAGGCUCCCGCGCCUCUGCCUAUCUUUGUUCUGGAACUCGGAUGGUUCAGAUUGGAUGCGGACUUCAUGCUAGGAAGGGAUAUCCCAGCGAUGUACACCCGCGCGCUCCCCCUAUCUCACGUUCAAGAUCUCACCAUAACCGUUUCCUCGCCAUCCGCCUACCGCUGGCUCGACCCCUGUUUCCCCCUUCAGAACGUACGCACGUUCCGCUUCGAGUCGUCACUCGAAGGGUUCCUCCUUCUCGCCAAAGCGCUCGCCGGCGUGCCGUAUGUAUACCCAAACGGAAAGUCUGAGUACCCAACUCCGAGUCACCGUGCGGAGGACUUCUUGCUCUUCCCCGAGCUUCGUUCGAUCUACUUUGAUCAUCCCGGGCCAUCCAUCAGAUCAUCCACGGACGCACCGUGGCAGCUCCAACAAAUCGAGCGCGACGAAAUGCAGCUCAUGGAAGCACUGAAGCAUUUGAAGACGCGUGCACGGCAGAACGGUUCGCGUCUUCACGCGUUGCAUUUAUCUUCCCCAAUUAAAGAGUUCGCGGAGCGUGUGGGGAUGAAAAGUCGUAUACACGUCUAUGGAUUGGAUGAGGACAGCGAUUCGGAGGAGGAGGACGAGGGGUGUUAUGAGGAUGACGACCGUGACGGAGAGCAAGGUGGCUGA